AUGGAGGCGCGGGGCUGUCCGGCCUUCCCCCCGGGUCGCCGGACCCGGCUCCCUCCGGAGCCGCCGCGAGCCCCCGGCACCUUCGGGGCCGGCCUGCCGGGCCCCCCUGGGCACCCGCCGCCGCUCAGCCCCCGCCUGGCCCGCUGCCCCCCGGAGAAGGCAGAGCCCCGGUUCCUGGGGGCCGCCGGCCCGGGUCCCCUCACCACGGCCAUCAGCGGGAAGCCCUUCUACGCCGCCGGGGCUGCAGGGAGCGAGAAGGGCUGCAAACCCGGGUACCAGCCCGUGCCCGCAGCCUGCUGCGGCCCCGUGAGAGCCGCGGCGGAGCUCGGCUGCUCGCUGGCAGCGCCCUUGGGCGGCCCCGGGGCCCCCAGGCUCGCCGAGUCCCUGGCGCUGGGGAAGAGCAAGACCAAGAAGCGGAGGAACAGGACGACCUUCAGCACGUUCCAGCUGGAGGAACUGGAAAAAGUCUUCCAGAAGACGCAUUACCCGGACGUUUACGCGCGGGAGCAGCUGGCCCUUCGGACAGACCUCACGGAAGCCAGGGUGCAGGUCUGGUUCCAGAACCGACGGGCCAAGUGGCGGAAACGGGAGCGUCACGGCAAAAUCCAGGAGCUGCAGAGUAACCUGUGGCCGAGCCCGGCCGGUCCCUGCCUCGCCAUCCCCGAGAGCAUCCUGUCCCCUUGCACGGCUCCGUACCCCCGCGCUCACGGCAACGCCGGCGGCUUCGCGGGCGGCCCCGGUUCGCCGGGCCACCACCCCGGCCUCGGCGGCUUCUGCUCGCCGCCCGGCCUGUCCCCAGCGCCGGGGAACGCCGCCGCCAAGUCGCCCACCUUGGUGACGCUGCGGGUGAAAGCCAAAGAGCCGGGCAGCCUGCUCAGCUGGACAACGUGA